UCUCGCUUAUUGGUCCGGUGUAUAAAUAAUCGUUCUUCCGCAAAACAUCGCCGCUCGGAUAAGUGUACCUUUCUUGAGCAGUGUAGGAGGUUCGCGUGUUCUGCCGGUGCGGCCGCCUUUCUGUGUCUUCUGGCCUUAUACGCACCUCGCGGUGCACGGAGAUUGGUUGAUUGGGGUUCUACUUCCUCGGGCUACGCUUCGGCGCAUAGUCACCUGCGCUUGGAUUACGCCCAACAGAGCUCUCCUCGACAACUUGUCAGCGAUGUCCCCCAUCGGAACGACUGGUUUUCGUAAGAGAAACGCCCCCUUGUGAAACGUGGUUGGACUUCCGGCGAAGUGUCAUCCGCGAGGACUGCGUAGUGGGCACUAAGCUCUUCUUACCUGGUCCCAAGGUGGUUUGUUUGUUUUUGUUUGUCGGAGCGUCUGAGGUGUUGACAUCAACAAACGUUAUUUCAUUGUCGCCGCCAUCGCUUGAUGAACCUCCGCUUCGACUAGACGAACUCCGUCUAACGCAACGGCCAGAUCUUGCUGGAUUGCAUUCGGUGGUUACGCCAAGGCGCUGUAAGAAGGCGGAUCAACGUUGACGUCGUGAGUGGUGUAUACCUGUGAAUGGUGCGUUCCAAGCAGAAUCAGUUGUGUUUUUCCAGGCGUAGAGGGAGGCGGAUUAAGAUUGCUAAAAAAAACCUUCAGCGUCGGCCACCUGCUUCCUUUAGGUUCGCGUGAUCUUCAGCACCUCUACAGUUUAGCGACUGCUGCCUGACGCCACCUAGCACACGGCAGAAACCUACGUGCGCCUGUGGACAUCGGGCUCUCGGCCUCAACGUCAACCGUGGUUGGUUAUUCAAGCAGAGCGAUUCGAUAACGCCGUAGCAGCGGCAAAAACGACGUGAGCAAUGGGGGAAGUGAUAACACCCAGCGCUGGGAAGGAUGCGGUCGACUGCUCCUGCCCUGCGAUGGAGGGCCCUCCGUCGGUCCAGCCAUCGGUGCAACCUCCCAGAAAAGAUAGCGCCCCUCGCAGCGACGCAGAAAGCGAUGGGGACAACUCCGCAAAGAGGCCGCUCAUCGUUCGCAACGUGGAGACGGGAAAGAUGCUCGUAGACUCUCUGCACAAAAUAGCGAGAAACCCGCUUCCGUGUACAAGCACCAUCUGCCAAGGUUCGCUGAUGUGCGGCCCGGUGCGGCGGAACGGCAAGGAGCCCCGACCCAAAGAAGAGGUGCUGCAGCACGCCAGGGAGUUCCUGGACCAGUUCUACACGAGCAUCAAGAGGUUCCACUCCAAGGCCCACGAGAAGCGGUGGGCGGAAGUUGAACGCCAGGUGCAGGCGCGUGGCACCUACGACCUCACCGAGACAGAACUUGUGUUCGGAGCCAAGCUUGCCUGGAGGAACUCGGCGAGAUGCAUUGGCAGGAUACAGUGGUCGAAGCUGCAAGUUUUCGACGCUCGGCACUGCUACACUGCGAGGGACAUGUAUGAAGCCAUCUGCGCCCACCUCAAGUACAGCACAAACAAAGGAAACAUCAGGUCGGCAAUCACCAUAUUUCCGCCACGCACGGACGGCCACCAUGACUACAAAGUGUGGAACGCGCAGCUCAUCCAGUUUGCCGGACACAAGCAGCCCGACGGCAGCGUCAUCGGCGAUCCGGCCUCCGUAGAGCUCACAGAGAUAUGCAAAAAGCUUGGUUGGAAACCCGAAGGAGGUCGAUUCGAGGCGCUGCCCCUGGUUCUUUCGGCCAAUGGCGAAGACCCGGAGAUCUUCGAGAUUCCCGAGGACCUCAUCAUGCGGGUCAAGAUUACGCAUCCAGUCUACAAGGCAAUCGACGAGAUGCAGCUGGAAUGGUACGCCGUGCCCGCAGUGUCCAGCAUGAUGCUUGACGUGGGCGGCGUCGAGUUCACCGCCUGCCCCUUCAACGGCUGGUACAUGGUCACCGAGAUCGCCGUCAGGGACUUCUGCGAUGCGCAUCGCUACAACCUGGCCGAGGAAGUAGCGACUCGAAUAGGCAUCGACACCAAGAGCAAUUCGAGCCUCUGGCGGGAUCGGGCUGCAGUCGAGCUCACCCUGGCUGUCAUGCACAGCUACCAGAAGGCGAACGUGACCAUCGUGGACCACCACUCGGCGUCGGAGCAGUUCAUGAAGCACAUGGAGAAUGAAAACCGGCUGCGGGGAGGUUGCCCCGGUGACUGGGUAUGGAUCGUGCCACCGCUCAGUGGAAGCCUCACGCCCGUGUUUCACCAGGAGAUGCUUUACUACCACCUCAAGCCUAACUACGAGUACCAGACGCCUGCCUGGAAAACGCACGUGUGGCAGAAGAAGGCGGACGACCAGCGACGGCAUUCCAGGAAGUUCCGCUUCAAGGAUAUUGCCAGCGCCGUGAAGUUCACCUCAGCCAUGUACGGCAAAGCCCUGGCAAAGCGCGUCAAGGCCAAGAUCCUGUACGCCACCGAGACGGGAAAGUCCGAGACCUACGCCCGUGUACUAUGCGACAUCUUCCUGCACGCUUUCAACGCGUCGGUCGAGUGCAUGGAAGACUACGAUUUCGUCAACCUGGAAUUCGAGCCUCUCCUGCUGGUCAUCUCCAGCACUUUCGGCAAUGGCGAGCCGCCCGAAAACGGAGAGGUCUUCGCUCGAAACCUACAAGUCAUGAAGAGCUCCAGCCCCUUCGGACCGGAGGGUACGACUCCGAGGACGACGUCAAUGUCCUUCGUGCGGAAAAACAGCGUCAAUGCCUCCGAGAAUGACGUCGGUUCUCCGCCGCCACCUCACGAGGCGUCGGACCUUGGACCCCUCAGCAACGUCAGGUUCGCUGUGUUCGGACUGGGCUCCAGCGCGUACCCCAACUUUUGCGCGUACGGCAAGUACGUGGACAAGAUACUGGGAGACCUGGGCGGCGAGCGCAUCUGCAAGUUGGCCACCGGGGACGAGCUGCGCGGACAGGAACAGUCGUUCCGGUUGUGGGCCAAGACUGUCUUCGAGCAAGCGUGCGAUGUGUUCUGCGUGGGCGACGAUAUCGGGCCGAUCGAGAUGACUCCAUCGAUGGAGGAGAACAUCGCCUGGUCUCCGGACAAGGUGCGACUUUUCCAGAAGGCCACGGACAAGAACCCGCCUCUGGGCUUCGGUCUGUCCAAGGGUUCCAGUCGAAAGGUCGUCGCAAGCAGACUGGUGUCUAGGAAGGUUCUGCAAUGGGACAAGGAAGACGACAAGAAGACCAUCAUGGUUGUCCUGGAGGCGAGCGGCGACAGCGAGCUGAAGUACGCGCCGGGCGACCACAUCGGCAUCUACGCUGUCAACAGGGACGACAUCGUCAACGGCAUCGUGGAGCGCCUCGCGCCCGGAUCGGCAGAUCCGGACGCUGUCUUCAGGGUCCAGUACCGAGACAUCGUCCAGAAUCCAAUCACGGGCGAGCAAAAAGAGACGUGGCAAGACAACGGACGCCUGCCUCCGUGCUCGCUACGGCUGGCCCUUCGCCGCUACCUGGACAUCACGACGCCGGCAUCGCAAGAGCUGCUCAAAUACCUUGCCGCCAUGGCCUCGGACGAGCGGCAGCAGGAGCAGCUACAGACGCUCGCAACGAAUCUGGAGAAGUACGAGGACUGGAAGGCGCAGAAGUUUCCGCACCUGUUGGACUUGCUGGAGGAGUUUCCCUCGGUGCAGCCGACGCCCGAGCUGCUGCUGUGCAUGCUGCCUUUGAUCCAGCCGCGCUUCUACUCCAUCAGCUCGGCGCCCGAGGCCUAUCCGGGACAAAUACACCUCACCGUGGCCGUGGUCACGUAUCGCACAGAGAACGGCACAGGCAAAAAGCACUACGGUGUGUGCUCUUCGUUUCUGGACACCAUCGAACCAGAAGAGGAGAUUGCCUGCUUCGUCAGAAUUGCGCCGAACUUCCACCUGCCAGAACAGAAGAACGUUCCCGUGGUGCUCGUCGGACCGGGGACGGGCAUCGCCCCCUACAGGAGCUUUUGGCAACGACGCUAUUGUUCUAUGCAGGGGGUCUACCAAGAAGGGCAACCGUUCUACGAGGGCCAGAUGGAUCUCUACUUCGGAUGCCGCACAAUGGAGUCGCAGCUUUACGCUGAAGAAGUGCAGACAAUGAAAGAUGCGGGUGCACUGCGGAACGUGUUUCUCGCUUUCUCGAGGGUUCCAGGACAGAAAAAGUGCUACGUCCAAGAUCGGCUACACGAAAGGGCCGAGGAGUUGUACAAGCUGCUCACGAAAGACAACGGCCACCUGUACGUCUGCGGUGACGUCAUCAUGGCCGACGGAGUCAACAAGGCUGUACGCGCCAUACUGAGAGACCAAGGGAACAUCUCGGAGGAAAAGGCCGAAACGCUCAUGGAUAAGCUCAGGGAGGAGAACCGCAUUCACGAGGACAUCUUCGGCGUCACCCUGCGCACUGAGGAAGCAACGAGAAAAAGUCGGGAGGACGCCAAGCGGAGGAGCACCCACAAGUGACACCCGUUGGCCGGCCUGCCCGACUCCUUUGGCUCGCUCACUUUCUCCAGGCUCAGGGCCAUCCUCACCAACUGCACUGCGCCGGGACACGCGAAAUGACGACACCUGUCACCGCCACCGCGGGGGCGGGACUUAUAGUGUGCGCAACCUCUUCUUCUUCCUCCUCGCACCUCCUCCUCCUCUCUUCCGCCUUUUCCUCGUGUUACGCUAAGCGUUCUGAUCGUCCCGAUGGUGCAACUUUGUCCUGUAGACGAUUAACCUUUUGUUGUGUCAAUCGAGAACACGUAAUCCUCAACUGUCACCCGCCGCGGUGGUCUAGUGGGUGCUUGAAUGCUGACCCGAAGGUCGCGGGAUCGAAUCCCGACCUUGGCGGCCGCUUUUCGAUGUAGGCGAAAUGCUAGAGGCCCGUGUACUUAUAUUUAGGUGCACGUUAAAGAUUCCCAGAUGGUAGAAAUUUCCGGAGACCUCCACUACGGCGUCUCUCAUAAUCAUAUCGUGGUUUUGGGACGUAAAACCCCUACGAUUAUUGAAUUUUACUUUUCUAAUGUGUCUUCAUUCAACGCAUGUUCACAAAAGAUACCGCCGACGGCUUCGAGGCUCGAUGUUAUUCGUUGUACUGACAGUGACACGGCAAAAGUAUAUAUAACACCUGUAGAUCUGGUAAACAAACUUAACUAUUCAUACUCGUUAUUAUGACCGCAGAAGGCCCAUUCGACUCCUAAGUUUUAGCAAAGGAAAGGACACUCGAUCGAAUGUCAAGGCAACGAAAAAUUUGCGUGAGCCUGUUAUCAAUGACAAAAGAAGAGACACCUGUCCUAUCUCUUUUCAGUUAUAGGACUUAUUUCGGGUGUUAUGUGUUUGUCUGCAGGAUUCGAUUGCACCGUCUGAGCUGCCGUAUUCGGGUUAGUGUGAUUGUGUAACAUGUUCCAAAUCAUCCUAUAACCCGCGACCCGCUCAAGAACACCUGGAGCACACUGUGAGCAUGCGCACAUCACUAUAUACCAUGUCAUGUGUUGAACACGUGCUAUUACGCACGCGGAGAGACGUGCUUAAUAGCGUGUGUACGUGUGUAUGUCGUGUGUAAUACACUGUCACGUUCUGCCCACGUAUGUACUUAAUACGCAGAAGGAAACCCAGGGCGCAUGGAACCACAGGGUUACGUUCGCACGGUGCAUAUGUAUGUACGAGCUGUUAUCGUUACCUCAAGAAGGUGAAAAGCUUGUUUAGCGACAUGAUUAUCAGCGAUCCAAUCUUUCAAACCCGCUGUCUUUGGGGUGAGCGCUGUGUCAUACACAUAACUAAGACGGCGAGGUUUGAACCUCGUUUUUUGUCUGUGCGGGGUCCCACUUGUCUGGACUGAAAUUUCCAAGUCUUGAUUCGCACGCCGAGUCGGACUCAAGUUUGUGUGCCGCCACACAAGGCUGCCCUUGGAUAAGUGAAGUUUUCUUAUCUUCUUCGGUAGAUAUGUGUACGUGGUCGCUGACCCGAAGCGGGGAAAGUGGCCGCCGUCGUGGAAAAAGCGACAUUUCAGUACUGGAAUGCACUGAGUUGUCUGUUCUGGAUAGCAUGUCGAACAAAUAUGAUAGUGGUCACUCCACUCCAUCUCAGCUGCAAAUAGCGCACAACAUAAUCGACUUGCUCAGAUGUCAGUGUCAACUUGCAUGUGAAUGAGCAUCUGCAUGCUACUGGACUUGAUUGUCGUAGCAGAACGCGUUUAUUCCUGAACGGGAUAGCCAUUUUGAGUUGAUUCAUGACGUCAUUUAAGCUAACUUCCUAGAAAUAAAAUCUCGUAGGUCAACUUAUACCCAAAGGUUCACAAACCCACCAGUAUAAAGCUGGUCAAAUAAAAUUUCGUAGGUCAACUAACACACAAGGUUCACAAACGCUCCAGUCUAAAGCUGGCUUUCGUGUACUUUUAACUCUAUGGGCAACGUACGGUAUGCGUGAAUGAAGGCAUCAAAAGGCUGCGCAUGAAUAGUAUUUUCUGCCAAACUUAACGGUCGCAUGGAGAGAAGAUCUAAAGCGAUGGCUCGCAGCUUCAUCACUUCGUCAUGCGAAGUGACUUCGUCCAUCUGUCCAUCAUCACUUCGUCACGCGUGACUCGUUUUGCCAAGGCGGGUUCAGCACGGCAACCAUUGCGUUGACCGCUGUUGUGCCAAUAGACGCUAUAAGAACACUCGCGAUUUGUGCACGUUAACAAACCAAUGUGUACCAACUAAUGUUUUACCAUGCCUGGCAAGGUGUAUCAGCGCCUGUCUAAAUAAACACAGCUAUCUUAUUUUUAAGCAUUCUAAUAUUCGGCCGUUGUGAGAGGAAUUCUAAGGAGAUGUCAUGUGGUGCCGAGUUGACUAUUAUUUUUUAAAAGGUCUUCUUAAUCUUUGAAUACUUAGACUGACGCAAGCGACAGUUAUCGUGUCCCUGAAACGUUACACACUGGACUGUAUAGGCCAGAGCUUUAACAGCAUUCAAGACCUAAUAGACAGAGCUGCUUGCAUGUACGUAAAUGUGAUAUACAGUGCUUAGAAGCAGCUACAAAAAGCCUGUCAUAACUAUCGCGUGUACAACAUGCUCAAAAAUGUGCUUGUCUGUAGGUCAGAUAUUGCAAUCAUGCCCAAUGCACCGAAUGCUGUAGGCUUAUGAAUGAACACUAUUUUUUUUUUCUUUUGUCGCAAGCCACAGACCACGCCUUGUCUGCACGUCGCAUACGAGCGCAGUGUGUUCACUCACGGCCUUGGCCUCGGUAUCUUCUCGCUUGCGCAGAGCCUCACUUCCCAGUCGCUUAUCUAGAAGGGCCACUUCGCACGUCACAGAUAGUCCGUAAGACAUUGAUCUGUCAACAACAGGCGUCGGUAAUGGCCCUGGCGAGAGGAAACGUUUUAUCUGUGCUUCAAUGAAAGCCCGAGUACUGACGUCAUAACUACGUCACACGUAGUCGUUCGUCAUUUCUGAAGGAACAUUGGCACUGAGGCUGUCCGAAGUCGCUUAGUAAAAGGAAGUCACUCCGUUAACAAUUGCUCAAGGUCGUAUUCGGCACGCCUAAUAGUUUGGCGAUGGGACUAUAUAAGCAGUCUUUAGGUCAUUGUAAGGCGAUUCAAGCGUUUUGGAAACCACAGCGCGCAGGCCCAAGGUUCAGCCUACAGGGUACGAGUUUCGGCCAAUUCUGUCAGCUACGUGCAUUCGCUUAGAAGACCAUAUGGGCCCCCCUUUAAUUCGUGAUAACGUGACGGUUACCACUUUACACAAGUGAAAGCGGGAGAACUCCACGCUAAGUUUGACCUUACAAGGACGAUUGCACCAGAAGGUCCAGAACGUUCGGCGGGCACAUCCAAGAGGUGACCUUGUUACAGCAACAGAAUCAUUUUUUUGGUGAAUCCUGAAAGUUAGGCGAAGCUUUCAAUCGGAACACAGACGGAGGAAGAUACGCGACGGUAUACGCCAUGAAUUCAUGUAGAAUUCGCUGUGACAGCGGUACUUUAACAGGAAUUCUAAGCGUCACAGCUUACAAAAGCCAAUAGGUACCCGAAAUGGCGGUUGAACAUCGGGGGUUCGUAUCAAAUUAAGCAUGCGCGAGUACGAGGGGUGGUCCGACGCUUAUUUUCCAUUGUUUCGGCCUUAACGUGUGUAUUUUCGCCUGGUCCACGGGCUCUAAAACCCUUAACGAAAACGAGUUAGAGCGUCAGAACACUGGAACAGUCUUAAUUGCUUUUCCUGUUCCCGAAUUCGCCCAUCAGCGUUUACUGACGUCACGACAUUGCUGUCCCAACGUCGACGUUAAGAUCCGCCGAAGAACACUGAAAGCAAGCGUUUACAAGCUUCAACGCCCCGCGGACACCAGUCACGCAGACGGGCCCCGGAUAAUACGCCCAGAAUUCUCUCGCAGAGCCAGUCCACAGUGGAUAAUCGCCUGGACGUAUCUAGGCCGGCCUCUUUUUCUUUUCUCUUCAUAGCCGUUACAGCUUGUUCAGUCAGUCUCAACCCGUACGCUCCCAGCCGCACCGUCAGAGAUGCAAAGGCUAACAACGGAUGCAAACAAGAGCACAAAACAAAACACGAGGCGCUUGGAGGGGUGUGAGGCAGCACGAACUACAAUGCCUGUCGUGCUUAGACGAACGCCGCGUCACGCGCAGUACGCGCCGCGGCCUUGGGAUCCGGGCCCUAAUUGUGACGCCCCGAGACAAUUCAGGCGCGACGCACGCUUCUUUAUCGUGCAACUCUUCUGCGCACGCCCUUCUACAUAUAUAUACACAAACCAGUGACCGCGUACCCACCGUAUAUACACGGAGAAGUCUGCCGCGCUAAUACGCACUGUAUCGCGCACGAGUGAUCCCGUCUUUUUUCUACGUGUACCAGUGCCUGUCCCUAUCCGUGUAUCCACCUUCCCGCGUACAUAAAGUACGUACUUCUUCAAGCCCAUGCCGCCGCCCACCUUCUGCAUGUGCUUUGCGCCCGUGAGCCUCAGUGCACGUUGUUAACUGUCUCCGCGCGCGCUAGCUAGUGUCGUGCUUUCUGCAAUCCAAUCCCACAGCGCUAUAACCCUUGUAUAAACGUCGCUUGUAUAAAGUUUUUGUUCUUUUUCAUCCUUUAUCAUCCUGUAUAUCCCGCCCGCUUGCAAAGCGGCAGUCUCCCGUUUUAACGAGCCGCGUUCGUUUCGCAACGUUAUGAGAGGAGCUUUGCUGUGUGUCUGUGAAACGUUUUGCCCCGGGAGCUGAAGUGAGAGAGAAAGAGGGAGAGAGAGCGAAAUAUAUAUAGA